UUAAAGAAUUUAAUAUAUAGGAAUUCCCACCAGAAGAAAUUGAUGAAUGUAAAGAUUGCAUUGAAGUAUUGACCUAACAGUAAUUUUCAAGUUCAUCUAAGUGGAUUUCUUUUUUAUCAAAUAGAUGAUUAGGUAUACAUUUUAUCGUUGACUGAUAGUAAUGAUAGUGAAUGGCGACGUCAAUUAUAGAAAGUUGAAAAUUGAAUAACGUUUUUAGUAAUUGUGUCACUAAUAUACAUAGAAUUAAAAAAAUUAUUUUUUCUAAGUAACAUAAAUCUUAAAUUUAUUGUAUUUUGUACUUCGAAAUUGAGCAGAUACGUUUAAGAUACUUGGCUAAAUUUAAAGUUGAAAAUUUGAACUCUUUAUUUAAAAAAUAUAAUGGCUUUUUCAAAACCUGGUGAAAUUUUGCAAAGUAUGGUAUUAACAUAUUUGGAACGUUUGCAUUCGAGACCUAUUCGUACUAAAUCAAUUACUAGUUGUAUUAUUGCUUCUCUGGGAAAUAUUACUCUACAAAAUAUAGCUGGUGCUAAAAUGAUUGAUCAAGACAGUGUAGUUGCAUUUGGUCUGUUUGGAUUAUUAUUUGGUGGACCUGUUCCACAUUUUUUUUAUGAAACAUUAGAAAGUACUUUUCCUGAUAAUUCUUCAAAAAUGGUAUUUUUGAAAUUUGGUAUUGAAAGAUUAAUAUUUACACCUUUUUACCAAUUUCUUUCAUUAUAUGUACUUUCAAGGUUUGAGGGAAAGUCACAUGAUGAUACAAUGAAACAAAUUUAUGCCAUAUAUUGGCCAAUAUUGAAAGCUAAUUGGCAGAUUGUAUCAGUCCUUCAAUUUUUCAAUAUGAAAUUUGUACCUCCUAUGUUACGUGUUUUAUUUCAUAAUAUGGUUGGUUUCUUUUGGGCAAUGUUCCUGACUUAUAAAAAAAGGACUGAUGAUUUUAGACGGGCAAAUAUGGUGAAAUAAAUCAUAUUUAAAGAUUACACCUCAACAUUUAAAAUGUUAUGUGAUGACAUACAUAUUUUAAUAUAUAUAUAUAUUUUUUAAUUAUAAUUGUAUGUUUGUACUAUCCAUUGGGAAUUAGCAGCUACUAAUAAUUAUUUGUAAUUUUAUAUUUAAUUAUUACAGGGAUUGUGUUAGGGUUUAAAUGAUGUUUAUAUUUAACAUACCAUAUUAAAUAUGAAAUAUUAGUGCUGCUCUGGAUUUAAUUAAAUAUUUUAUGGAAAAAAAUUGUUGAAUUGUUUAUUUACAGUAGAAGAACAAUUUUUGUAUUAUGAUUUUAUAGUUUUUGUACAAGCUCAUUAUUUAUUUAACAAAUUACACAAUUUAAUGAUGUUGUUUGUGCUAAAUAUAGAUGCAAUAGAGAAAAUAA